CUUCUUUUUCCCUCCCAGUACUAUUUACGCCCUCGCGCAUUGUGCGCCCUUGAGCAUUCAGUACUGACCCCCUUUGCACGAUACAGAAAUAAGUAAGAUGGGUGGUGCAGGCCAGAGCGGGGGUGGCGGCUCUGUUUCUUCAGGGCCUCUCACUGAACGCCGGACGUCUACCCGGCAGGCGAAGAAAAGGCGUAUUGCCGCUCCUGAAUCCGAGCAAUAUGAGGAGGAUGUCGAGGAUGUGGCAUCCAAGAAGAAGAAACCUCGCAGGGGCCCACUGGCGGGGAAGAUCUUUGGGCACCUAAACCCCUUGGACGUACUUCGCCUUGCCCGGACUACAAAGCAGUUUAGGCGCGUCCUCAUGGACCGGUCUGCUCGCUGUAUUUGGAUUGCCGCUCGCAAUAACCUGCCGGACCUCCCAGACUGCCCACCCUUCAUGAGCGAGCCUCAAUUUGCCAACCUUGUUUUCGACACCCAUUGCCAUGAAUGCCUGGCCCCUAACACCCGUUCUGUGGACUGGUGUCUCGCUCGACGUAUUUGUAUGAAAUGUACGAAAGUUUGUAGUUCAUCACAGCGAGGACGUCAGUGCUACUACAGGAAGGAUUUGGAGGAAUUCCAUCGGAGGAGGGUUUCUCUAACAGACCCUCAAGAACGUGAGAAGUUCGUUGAAGAGUGUAAGGCCCGUGUUCUCGAAAUGAACAAGCAUGGCGUAUUGUUGGAUGCAUGGGCCCUUAGGCAGGCGAGUGCUCGAUCUGUGGAGUUGGAAAACUUGAGGGGUGCAAGGAAACAAGCAAUCAUCGAGGAACUGACCAAACUUGAGCAGAUCCCUCCGUACGAUGACCUUGGUAAUCACAGGCUGGUGAAACAGCCCACUCGCCUGACGUCCCGCAUAUGGAGCAAUAUCAGGCUAGAAAUGAUCAAGCAUAUGGAGGACCUAAGAGCUCGCCGUCUUCAGCGCGAGCGCAAAGCAUUGGUGUUUUCCCGCAAGCAGCUUGCCAUCUCAAUUCUUCGCACAUAUAAGCAGGAGCAACUACCAUUUACAGAUAUUAUGCCCGAACCAAUGGACUUUUGUACGUUCCCUGAAGUGUCCGCCAUCAUAGACCUCCCGACGGAAACAGCGGUAACGGAAGCUAGCUUUGCGGACGUGGUUUCCCGGUUGGGGGAACUAAUUGCUCAGUGGCGUAUCCGCACUCACAACAGUUUCAUCGACAAGUUUAAAGAUGCAUUGUACUCAAAACACCAACGGACUGCUGAUGCCUUGGUGGAGAAACAAACAAACGGCGAAGCCAAGGCUAGUGCUUCGUCGUCAACUGAUGUGAAAGGGAAAGGCAAAGCAAAAGCUGUCGAACCCCCUCUGCCAGAUAAAGCAGAGCUUGUCAAAGUUCUUUCGCUCGCCACCACGGUGUUCCGCUGUGACCAUUGCGCUACUGAUUCGUGGAUGACCUACGGCGAUCCUUUCCAGGAUUCUCCAUCAAAGCACUCUGCGUCGGCCAUUCCGCUCUUCUAUCCGAAGGUCAUGGGUCACCAUUGUUUAACUAAGGGAUGGGCACAAGAGAGUCCGAUCACAGCCUCAGAGCCGAUCAGUGAACUCAGGUGGUACCACCGGCAUGUGCGUACGCAGUGGACGUGUGCACCUCUCCGAAUCGACGGACAAGCUGAAGCAGUCGCCUCUAACAUCAUCGUUGCAUGUGAUCGAGAUCCACUUACCACCACAACGGCCGAGAUGGACACAUUGGACUCGAAGCUGGCCUGUCUCAGCUGUCCUAAGUGGGACCCCGUAGUCAAGGAUUCGUGUAGAGCUUCCGUGUUUGGUUGGCGCGCAGCGUUCAUUCACUCCGUUCAAAACCACAACCGCGAUGCCAGCGGGGUGAAGUGGCAACUCCUCGAUGAAAACCUUGCGAAGGACAUUGAGAGCCUAGAUGUUAACUUGCCUUCUCCGGAGCCCUCCUUGAUUGCAACGUUCAUGUCGGCCGUCCUCGGGACAGAAUUACAUAGUACCAACGAGGACAACACAUGGCUCUGUGCUCACUGCAUGGAUCUUCCCGAAGAGAAGGAUUGUUUGAUACUCUCCAAGGUGAAGAGUCAUCUGUCCGCUGCGCACGGGGUGGAUGAACCCCAGGAAAAUCAGGACUACUAUCGAGAUUACGAGGCCCCGCAAGGGCGUCGAAACCCAUACACACCCAAUCUCAAGAUUGCCUUAACGAUGGAAAGGUCUUCAGUUGUAGCUUUCCCUGAUGGCUAUAUGUCAGAUGAUAGCUACGAUAGCUACGAUAGCUAUGGGUGGCUAUGUGACGCCUGUGGUGACUUCCACGACGAGUUUGACGAGUACGACGAUUACCCGUUCUUCCUUUAAGGGUGAUCUUCCCUAUCUUUCAAGAGAAAUUACGAUUUCAGCUCUGGCUCUAAUUGCACUUUCACGCAUUUGUCUGCGCACUUUUGUUUAUUCUGGCUUCACUACCGUACUGCCUGCGUUCUCGUAAUUGUUGCUGGGACAAUGUUCUCUGUUGUCUGUGCCUCAGAUCCGGAUAUGUACUUUAACAUAGCAGUCCAUGAAAAGGAACAUGUAUUGUUAUUGUGAA